AUGGCCAGCUGCUCGGUUCGCUUUGAGUUCUACUGUGGCGAGGCCCAAGAGCUCAAGUACACUCACGAUAUCGCACCAAGCCAUGGGGAUCAGAUGUGGAAAGAAGCUCUUGAUUUCUAUGUAAUGAGGGUCUCGCAGAUCGGUCUUAUAGACCAUGCUGCAGUCAGAGGCCGGCCCGGGACGGACUCUCCACGAUUACUAUACGUUCAUGCUGUCAAAUCAAGAGGACGAAGGUCCCAGUUAUAUACACAACAACGGUGCCCAAGUGGGUCGGGACGCCACCUCGGCUGGAGCGGAAUAUCGCUUGACACAUGCUUCCGCAAGGGGCCCGACGCUUCGGCUACACGCAAGAAAUCCGGGGUCCCCACUGCCCAGCCCAACAUGUCUCCGGGGAGGAUGACAUGA